CACACACAGGCCCCAUCGAUUCAACACAAUUGCACACACAAGCACUUACUAAUAAUAAAGCCGUGUUUGUACGACGUUUUCCAUGGAGUCCCACCGCUGACACACAUGGAGAGUCAAGAGGAGAAGCCGAUCAUCUAUACUAUGGAAAACAAGCCGAUAGUGACGUGUGCUGGAGACCAGGGCUUGUUCACGUCGCUCUACACGUCGUUGGCCCAACAACUUCCCAGGGAGCCGAUGGAAUGGAGGAGGACGUACGGCCGCGCACCCAAAAUGAUUCACCUUGAAGCUAAUUUUGUCCAAUUCAAAGAGGAGCUCCUCCCUAAGGAUGGUAACAAGGCUCUCCUCACCUUCCCCUUCCUCCACAUCUACUGGACUGACUGCUGUGAUACAGAGGUGUACAAGGGCACGAUAAAGGAGGACAUGCUGCGCUGGCAGAACAGCUUGCGGACUCACGCCUCGGCAGACUGGGUCAUCAUUGUCGUGGAGAGCAAUGACACCAAGAAGAAGAACAAGACUAACAUCCUGCCUCGGUCGUCCAUCGUGGACAAGAUCCGUAGUGAUUUUUGCAACAAACAGAACGACAGGUGUGUGGUGCUGUCGGACCCUCUGAAGGACUCGUCACGGUCGCAGGAAUCCUGGAACUCCUUAUUGCUCAAGCUGCGAACGCUCCUCCUCAUGUCCUUCACCAAGAACCUGGGCCGCUUCGAAGACGACAUGCGCACGCUGCGAGAGAAACGCACCCAGCCCGGCUGGAGCUUCUGUGAAUACUUCAUGGUCCAGGAAGAGCUGGCCUUUGUUUUUGAGAUGCUGCAGCAGUUCGAAGAUGCCUUGGUCCAGUACGAUGAACUAGAUGCUCUCUUUACCCAAUAUGUCCUGAACUUUGGAGCUGGAGAUACGGCCAACUGGCUCGGCUCGUUCUGCGCCCCGGUGCGCUGCUGGAGCGGCCUGCUGCUGCGGCGGCCCAUCGACAUGGAGAAGAGGGACGGGAUCCAGCGGGGGGAGGCCAGCCUGCUGGAUCUGAGGAGCUACCUGUUCUCCCGCCAGUGCACCUUACUCAUCUUCCUCCAGCGGCCGUGGGAGGUCACCCAGAGGGCCCUGGAGCUGCUGCACAACUGUGUCCAGGAGCUGCGCCUGCUGGAGGUGUCGGUGCUGGAGGGGGCGCUGGACUGCUGGGUGUUCCUCAGCUGCUUGGAGGUUUUGCACCGGAUCGAGGGCUGUUGUGAUCAGGCCCAGUUAGCUGCAAACUGCUCCCAUACUGUGGGGCUGUGGGCUUACGCAACUGACAAGCUGAAGUCUCUGGGGGAACUCUGUGGCCUGGUGUCAGAGAAGGGACCCAUGUCCGAGGACCUGAACAGGACAGUGGACCUGCUGGCUGGACUCGGGGAUGAGCGGCCUGAGACUGCCAGCAGUUUGCAGAGCCCUUACAAAAAGCUGAAAGAGGCUCUGUCCUCUGUGGAAGCUUUUGAAAGACACUAUCUCGAACUUUCCCAUGCCGCUAUGGAGAUGUACAGGGCCAUCGGCCGGCUACGCUCUGCCAGACUGGUGGGAAAGAGCCUGGCUGAGUUUUACAUGAGGAAGGGCGACCCUGAGCGAGCGGAGACCUUCUUGCAGGAAGCUCUGAAGUCAUACGUGUCGGAGGGGUGGAACCUCCCCGUCACUCACACCAGGAAACAGAUCGCCGAGUGUCAGAAGCUACUGGGCAGAACUGAAGACUACCUGCAGACCAGUGCCUUGUUGGCGGGUGACGUGAAUCUGACCACGGAGGAGAGGAAGCACUUUUGUCAGGAGAUUCUGACCUUUGCCGCCAAGUCUGGAGAUCAAGCCCACAAAGUGACCCUCAGCAUGGGCGUUUUUGCUCAACUCACGCGGCUGCAGUUCCAUCCGGCGACGGCCUCUGUGCACUCCGGAGCCGUGCUGCAGGUGGAGCUCACCCUGAGGUGUUUGAUGCCAGUGUCGGUGCACAUACAACAAGUAGCCGCCAGCAUUCACUUUGACGUGGAUCACGGCGGGACGCGUGGACGGUCUAAGGCAGCUCAGAGACAGACAAUCCCAGGGACAGUGGAGUUCAACCAGGUAAACUCGUCGGCGGGUCCCCCCUCCUCCUCGGGCGCGGGCCCUCCUUUAGAACUGGACGAAAUUCACGACAGGAGUCCCACGGACAAUUCUCUCAGCUCCACGGGAGUGGUGUGUAAAAACAUUCACUUGCUCAUGCGUCGUCACGACAACAAGUCACCGCCGGACACGCCCAACUGCGUCAGUCCUCCCGCUGUCGCCAUGAAGGAAGGAGCGCAGAUGCUGAAAGUGCAGGAAGUAACGUUAGAGCCCGGGAACAACAGCAUUAUGUUCACAGCACCGAGCGGGCAACCAGGCACUUACACACUGCGUCAGCUGUGUGCCACAGUGGGUCAGGUGCAGUUCGUGCUGCCUCACAUCUACCCAUCAGUCCAGUAUGAGGUGUAUUCUCAGGAGCCCCAGCUCACCGUGGAGCCUCGCUCAGAGCCGCUGUUAGCCGGUCUGCCUCAGAUGGUGAAGUUCACUCUUUUAACGGGUCACUACGCCGUGAAGAAAGGAGAUGCUCUGCAGCUCAGCAACACGGACACCAUGCCCAUCCUGCCCUCCACCGGCUGCUCGGCCCGCAUCACCAACCCUGCCGCUGAGUUGGUGGGUGAAAGCGUCCUCUCCAUUCAGUCGUCCGAGAAGGUGACCAGCAUCAGCCUGCCCGCGACGCCCCCCUACCACACUCUGGAGUUCCACCUGGAGGUUCUGUGCAUCAUCCCGUCCGGGAACGACCGGCCGCCCAACGAGAGGCUGACCAACGGCGAGGUCCGCCAUCGACCGCGCAGCUACAGUCAUCCUGACACGCCCAUGACGGCCAUCGACCAGAGGAUGUCUAUCGACUGCCCCUGGUCCAUUUACUCCACGCUGCUCGCCCUCACCUUCUACAUCCCCUUCAAGACCAAGCACUCGCUGCUCUCCGCUGGUAACAGCAGGAAGUACAUCCAGGUGUGUGUGCAGAAUGUGUCCGACGUGAACUUCACGCUGGCAGAAGUGAAGCUGACGGAGAAGCAGCACGCGGCGCUGGAGCUGCAGUCCCUUAACGCUAAAGAACAACAACUCUUGUGCAGUAAGCACAGUGUGUUCUGCUUGUGGGAGGUGAGGUGGAAGGAAGACCUGCCUUCCUGUCUCCAGUGCGUUUUCUCCGCGAACUUCUCUCUUCUCAACCAGGACGUCUCUUCCUGCAAACCUUUCCACUACCAGUUUCAGCUGGAGAGAGUCACCACGUUGUACAGCGUGCGAGCUGAUAUUCUGCCUCCUGCCGGGGAACAACACUGUCGCUCCGGCCUCCUCUGUGGACUGGAGGUGUGUAUAACACGACUGACUGAACCUGCAGAAGGGGAGACGGCAGAGGAGAGCAAGACGGACACCGAUGGCCUCAAAACCACCAAACUCAUGUAUGAAGUGGCCGACAGCAGCAGUAACUGGGCGGUGUGCGGGAAGAGUUCUGGGAUGGUGUCGAUGCCCGUGACGCCCGACGCCACUCACAAGGUGCAGAUCGAGGUGAUGCCUCUGUUCGCGGGACACCUGCCCUUCCCCAAAAUCAAAGUGCUGAAGUACCUGCCUCACACCGCGGCCGUUGCCAUUCAGCCCGACCCUGACAGCUGCGUGGAGAACGACAGUCUGUCCCUGCUGGACAAGGCGCUGGACGACCAGGCGGACACGGCGAGCAUCCGCAGCCGCGGCAGCGUCCACUCUGUGGGCAGCGGCGACCAGCAGCAGAAAGGUGUGGCCAUGCCGCGUCUGGAGCCCUUCAGCCUCGGUCAGGUGUUCAACCAUAGCCACGCGCGGCAGGUGCUGGUGCUGCCGUCCACCGACGACCACAUCAUGGAGGUCAACGCCACAUGACCCCGGUGGCGCUGACCACCCCGCCCCCCCUGUCCUCCUCUUACUGGACUGAACCCAAGCCCCUGGAUGGACUCCGCUGAGCUUUUUUUUGCUCUGGGGGCAGAUCGAUUCCGCGAGUCCGCGAGUCGAAGACCUCUGCAGGUUCCCCUCCCCCUCCCCAAGCAUGAAACACUCACAUCACUGGAGACAUUACGGACUCGACACAGUGAGAAGAGCCAAUGACAUCUGCUGAGAAAUUCAAAUAAAGACGUUGUCUUUUUCUUUCUUUGCCAUACUUUGUACAUAGGUCAUUGGAUGGAUUUAUAGUUAUAAAGAAUAUAUAAAUAUAUAUAUAUAUGGACUGAUCGAUCUGAUCGGCGCCUGCUGAGCUCCUCGGAGCUGAAGAAUAACACUUGUGAUUGUCCCAUGAUGCACCAAAGCCCUCGAUGUGUGUGUGUGUGUUUCGCCUCGAUCAGCUGCUCAAGUGCUGUAACUUUUGACUGAAUGUCUCCGGCUGUAAGUGCUGUUUCCUCUGCCGCUCAUGGUGUUGUUGUUUUUUUUAUAUUUGAGACUUUGAGAAGUUGCUUCAAUAUCAGGAAACACUCCCUCCGAUAUGUUGAAGUAGAAUAUUAAUUCUGAGAUCAGCCUGAUGAUGCCACCACUCUCUUCCCUUCACGAUUGAACACUAUUCAAAAUGUAUCUUUACAAAUAUAUAUUCUUGAAUUCAGUAAGAUUUAUAAAAAAAUUACUUUGUUUCUAUCUCUUAAAAGGCAUCAUCUCAGUUUUCCCCGAGUCCGAUGACAACAUCAGCACAGAGGUCUCAAAUAUAAAAGCGGUGAAGUCCUGACAGGCUCAAGCUGAAUCUAACUCUCUCUCUCUCUCUCUCUCUCUCUCUCUCUCUCUCUCUCUCUCUCUCUCUCUCUCUCUCUCUCUCU